AUGAGUUGUGCUAAGUGUCACCAAAGUGCUCCUAGUGGAAACGACACUUGGUGCAUAGGCUGCACGGGGUGGGAAGCUCUCGAGAGUGAGCUCAAGGGUAGGUGGCACAGCGCUGCUGUGCGUUCACUGGCCAACGAUCAGGUUGUUAGCGCUGUGAAACAUAUCCGAGCGCUCAGGCUCUACUCAGCCAACGUCAAGAGCGCUGAGGACUCUCGCGCUGCUCGGGCCAGUGCUGAGAAAAGAGUUUCCCUUGAGAGGGACGAUCGUGCUCCACUCCCUCGUUCCCGUGACGUUGAAGCCCGAGGCUCUGUCAAAGAGGGACCUGACUCAGACGAGUCCGAGGAGGAGAGUCAAGAGAGCUCCCACCACCAGUGCUUAGCCGCCAAGAGUGAUCCUGCUCGCCGUCCACCUGAACCAGCCCAUCCACCUCGAGGACAUCGAGUAGACGAGGACAGACAUAGGGAUAUAGGAGCUGAGGAGAGAGAACCUGCCACCUCUGGCAAGAAGCGCAAGAAGCGAGACAACAGAGGAAAUCGCGCUGGUAAAAAGCAUCAACGCUUGCACCGCCCCCGGGCCAUUUCUGGGACAACCCUGACCGUAUCUCAACGAGAGAUCAACACCAAUCAAGACGUCAUGGAUGAGGAAGACUUCACGUUCUUUGACAUUUCCAAGCCGGAAGAAUGGGAGCUUUUGACUUUGCAAAGAGGACAGGUGAUAGAAGCAGAGGUGGAUGUUUCAGAAAAUCCCGCAGAGGGCAGUGUUUGGGCUGGCUUUUUGGUGCAAAAGGUCGAGCUCACUAUAGCUGGAGAGAUGGCUGUCACAGUGCGGAGCCUGGGAAGCGAAGAUGCUCAGAAGGUUCGACCUGGUGAACUUCCGCCGCAGCUACAUCACCCACUCUGUCAAGCAGAUGAUAAAGAAGUGGGAGAAAGAAAUUAUUCUGGUGGACCACUGGUGGAAGACGAUGGCGACAACAUAGACCUGACAGGAUGCGAUCACCUCGCUGGCAAAGCGCCGGGCCGAGUGGAAACUUCUCCCAAGGCUGCUGCACCGCCUGGGGACUUAAAGCUUCCCGCUGCUGGAAGGGCGGCGCCAAAACGUCGCGCGGCAGAAAAGGAGGAGGCAGGAGUUCCGAACAAGGAGAUAGACAGGGCAAAACUUCGGGAACGUCUUGCUCGAGCCAAGGAAAAGCUGGCUGGGUCUGCUAUCCCGGAUGGCGCUGGCACACCGGCCUUGCCGCCCCGGGCUGGUGGCGAUGGGGAGGCCGACGAGGCAUCUUCCUCAGAGCCAUAUUCCGCCUCUGUGGGGGAAGACCUGCCGAGGGAGCUAGCAGUCGGGACCGAACUGGAAGCGCUGGAGGAUGGUACUCCGGGCGGCGCCCGACUGGUUCCAGCAGACCGAGACAAGGCCAAGAAGAGGAAGAAGGAGAAGAAGCGAGAGAGGGACCUCUCUGGCCUGGGUUCAGGCGUCCUGGCCAGGGUGGCUACAAGAGGUAUUACUUCAGGCGCAUUGCAAGAGCAGCUUCUUCAUCGAGCAGCCGAAGCAGUCACUCGAAAGGAGGCCAAGAAGAAGGACCAGAAGAAGAAGCACAAGAAGAAGAGUGCGGAGAAGCGGUUGAUUCAGAUCCUUACCAAGAAAGACAAGAAGGAGAAGAAGUCAAAGAAAAGGAAGAAGAGGCCAGGCCCAGGAAGUUCCGGAGAUCCGGGGGAUUCAGGAUCCCCGACAAACAGCUCAGACGAGAACUCGUCAGGGCCUUUGGAGGAGUCCAGUGGAAGCGAGAGUGCCAACCUGGAAGCACCUCUCCGGAAGAAGUCCAGGGAAAAACCUGGGUCAGUACUGGCCUUAUUGGUGGAACACGCCCGGCAGCAGCUGGACCAGACGUCCAAGGUUGCCAUACAGCCGAACCUCAAGCUGGACCCAACCAAAGGAGUGCGGAUCAGCAGCUACUUCUCCAUAGUUGUCCGGCCGCAACUGGGAGCGGUGAACGCUCAGAUUCGCGAGCUGCACCAUCUGAGCAGCGCGAUCGAUGCUCUACGCCAAGGAGAUUUAGAUAUCCUAGGCGAUCUGCUGGCCAGUCGCUUCAUUGCGAUUCAUCAGAGCAUGAUCGACAACAGCUGGACGGCUGCAAGGCAUUUGGAGCUAUUGCCGCUGGAAGAAAAUUCCGCUGCCGGCAGCGGUGUACUCUUGGAGGCAAGAAAGUACGCAAAGCUCAAUGCCAAGCUGAACAACCAGGAGCAAUGGGGCAACUACAGCUAUGGAAAGGGGCGCGGCGGAAAAGGUCGCCCCUACAACUGGAACGACAACAGCUGGCAGGCAACGGAGCAAAAAGGAAAAGGCAAGAAGGGCUCCAAAGGCAAGAACAAAGGCAAGAACCAGUGGCAAGGGUCACAAGGAAGAGGAGCAGAAGCCGACGGGGGGAGACAGAAAGAGGAGUUGUUUGACAGCUGGAUUCGUCCGUUUGCCGUCACAACAUCCUCGGGCCGUGCGAAAGCACGCGGCUCGACUUUUCCCAUCCGCGAAGGAGAUCUUUGGGAGUUUGCAGAUUCAGAUGUUUUUAGGUCCUUGAGUUUUUCGGACGCUGUCUCUGACGUGCAGGUGAGGACUCACUGGAUUGAUGCAUGGACCUUCUUGACUCUUAGGAGUUUGAACUCUCUGUAUGGGAGCACGGCUGGAUUAGCUCCGGGCCGUUGGUCUAAAGCAGAGCGCCGCGCUGCAGCUUCUGUGCGAGCGGCCAUUCUCCGAAAGGGAGAAGGUGACAUAUCCCUUCAGCCUAUGACCGCUCAGUCAUGGCAAAAGGAUCUGAGUGGCAGACAAAUUGGUUAUAAUGGGGAAGAGAUGAGCACUUGUCACGUUUUAACAUGGGAUCAGGUUAUCCCUUCACUUCCCCCUGAAGGUCAUGGAGGAUGCAUUGAAGCGCUGGAUUGGGUUGGACCUAGGACAAGAGAAUUCCUUCUGAAUCCCAAACUACUUCUUAAAGAUCCUGAAACUGUUGUGUUGCCGAAAAUGCCGGGGAAGAUACAUAUGGAUAAAGGGGAUACUUUGAGGAUUGCUUUGGAAUUGGUCAAGCGAAACAUUUGUGGUUGGAUUCCGUUGUCAGAAGUUUACAGUGUAGGGGAAGUUCCCAUCCUGAAUGAUUUAUUUGGUGUAGCAAAGCCAUCUCUGCUGGAUGACCAGAGGCCUGUAUUGAGAUUAAUAAUGAAUUUGGUGGGGUCCAACGCCACGCAAGAGCAGUUAACUGGGGGUACAUCAACUUUACCAACUAUCACUUCAUGGCAAAGUAUUGUGUUGGAUCAACAUGAGCGGCUGGAGUGCAACCAAUCAGAUAUGAGCAGUGCUUUCUAUCUAUUCCGAUUGCCGCACAUUUGGCAAAGAUAUUUGGCUUUCAAUUUGUUGGCGUCCCCUCAGGAUUUAGGACUUCAAGGCGAACUUCCUUUUGCACUUUGUUGUACGGUUAUUCCCAUGGGUUGGCUGUCCAGCGUUGGAAUCAUGCAAGAAAUUUCAGAGUCACUACUUAAGCACCAUCUUAACCCUCGUAAUCAGGUUUCUCGCGGUAGACCGCUGCCGCCAUGGUUUUCUGACUUGCUGGAUUUUUCCCAUCAUGAAGAUAAACAUUGGUGGCAUGUCUAUUUGGACAACUUUUGCUCUGGCGAGCGUUUGGAGCCAGGGCAACCGAGCGUGAAAGGAAAACUUUGUCAUGAAUCAGCGGAGGCCGCAUGGGCAUCAGCCGGGGUAGUAUCCUCGCAGAAAAAGAGGGUGUCAGCAGCGACUCGCAUUACAGAGCUUGGAGCGGAGAUUGAUGGGGAACAAGGAAUGCUUGGAGUCAGUACAGCAAAGCUGGUAAAAGCAGUUCGAGCGGAGCUUUUGGACCUGGUAGCAGUGGCUCCUCUUCUUCAUUGUAAUUUAGCAGCAAAAGUUUCCACACAACUGGGGGUUAGCGAUGCAUCCAACACUGGAGGGGCAGUCGGCUUUGCAGAAGGGCUCACCGAAGAGGGCAUGGACUUUUUAGCAGCUGUGAGGAAAGUGGAGGCCCAUGGCGGGGUGAUCCACGCCCCCAUCCUGAUUUUGAGUUUAUUCAACGGGAUAGGCGGGGCCUUCCGUGCUUACGAUGUGGCAGCCGUCUGCCCUCAAGGGCGAAUUGCAGUCGAGCUGGACGAAGGGGCUAAUAGAAUAACUUCAAGAAGGUGGCCGGGCACAAUAUUUGUUCAAGACGUGAGAUCGAUUGACAGGGCUUUGGUGCGACAAUGGAGCCUGGCCUUCUUACAGGUCCAAGAGGUGCAUGUGUGGGCAGGCUUUCUAUGCAAAGACUUGACAUCAAACGUGGUUGUAAAGAAAGUGCUGGAGAACGUAGCAUCCAUGGAUCGAUCUGCAGCUGAGGAAAUCAGCCAAGACUUUGGUGCCAUUCCAUACAGGUUAGACUGCUCACAGGCGGUCCCUAUGCGGCGGCCACGCUUUGCAUGGACCACUGAACAGCUGGAAUCUUUGUUGCCGGACGUAAGAGUUUCUGUGGCAUCUUAUUGGAAAGAAGUUAAUGCGUCUGCCCCCUAUCCUGAAACAGCACAGUGGAUAACCCCUGGCUAUACUUGGGAAGGGGAACAGCUUGGAGCAAUAUUUCCGACAUGUAUGCGGUCAAUACCUCGAGAUGUUCCCCCGCCAAAGCCAGCGGGACUGGAAAAAUGUGAUCGGGCUUGCCGACAAAGAUGGUAUGAAGACUAUUACAGAUAUCCUCCCUAUCAAUACAAGUCGGAAUUUUUAAUCAGAUCCCCAAACACUUGGAGACUCUAUCUGCUGAGGAGAAGGAACUACUUUUGGGAUAUGGUUACAAACAUACGUCUUUGGCUUGGUCAGCUUCGAAACAAAAACAAAACAAACUGGGGUUCAGUGACGCUAGGCAUGGUUAUCUGGGUGAUUCCUUCAGCAUUUAUUCAUUCGUAUUACUGGCGGUGGCAUGUUGCAGGCAAUUUAUUCCAGUGA